AUGAACAUCAAUGCACCCGCAUUCGUUCCACAAAACGUCCCAUCCAGGACAAAUUCAUCAUCUCCUCUUGUCUCACGAGCUCAGAUCUUGCACCAGCCUGACGUUAAAAGAUCUGUUUCAAAAAAUCAGAAUUAUCACGCCCAAGGAGAUCAAAAUGUCCGAUCAAGCAUGAAUAACAAUAACAAGAGGAACAGUAAUCCUCAUCGCAGGCAAAAACGUCAAUCUAAUCACCAUCAACGCAAUCAAUCCAAUUCCGAUUCGAGAAACGGUGAUAAAACUGUAAUCCAAUUUUCGGGCGAAGAUAAUGAAGCAAAUAAAACCGACGAAUUGCAGGCUUCUAUCACAAAUACAGUGUCUGCAUUUGAUGAUAUGUCGAUAAAUGAUACGAAUCCUGUAUCGUAUGGUGCACCAAACAAGCGGGGGCAAAUCUCUCUUAAUCACCUUUUGAAUUUUUCGUUUCCACCACGCCAGCGUUCUGUUUCCAGUACUCCGCGUAAACAGAAAUCUAUUAAUUAUCAACCAUUUAAUAAAGAACGGUUUGUUAAUGCCAAUUUUCGGUUCCUUGUCAAUUCAAUGGGUGAUUAUUCUGUUUAUAAUGUUGACCCAGAUAUUUUACUGCAAUGGGAGAGCAUCGAACAAGUU